GGGGCGAAAGGGAAGGACCGCCCCAACUGGUGUCAUUGGCCGGGAAGAUGGCGUUGAACAAGAACCACUCGGGGGCCGGCGGGGUGAUCACGCCCAACGGGGAGAGUGUUCUGAAGUAUUGCAAAGAUGUCGAGCUGACCUUCUCUGAUGUGACUAACAAACCAGAGAUCUUCAAAGGCACCAAGAAAGGCAUGGUGUUCCUCACUCCUUACAGAGUCAUUUUUGUGUCCAAAAACAAAGAUCAAAUGAUGUCGUUCAUGAUGCCGUAUCACCUGUUGAAAGGAUGCUCAAUUGAACAGCCAGUAUUUUCUGCUAAUUAUAUCAAAGGAGUGAUACAAGCAGAACCAGGAGGUGGCUGGGAAGGGGAGGCUUCAUUUAAGAUGAGCUUCUUCAGUGGAGGUGCCAUAGAGUUUGGCCAGAUGAUGUUCAAACUUGCGAGCGAUGCUUCCAAGGGAACACCUGCACAGAGCUUUGGCUAUGGCUAUGCACCUUUUCCUGGGGGCUAUGCCCCCCCACCUUUUCCUGGAGGAUAUCCACCCGCACCAGGCACCUAUGUUAUACCACCAGCUGCUGGAACAUACGUUUAUGUGCCUGCACAAAUGAAUGGAUAUGGACCUGCUCCACAACCUAUGGGAUACCCAUAUGCACCUCCUCCAGGCAUGUAUCCACCACCUCCUGGGAUGUAUAUGGCACCACCUCCCCCAUAUCCUGGUCCCUCUUCUGCUGCAGGACCUUCAGCCCCAACUGAUGAAAGAACCUCAGCACCUAGAACCUGGACAGAGCCGGGAAUGCCAGGUGGCAACAAAGCAGCAGAGGCAACUUCCAGUGCAUAUUAUAACCCAGCCAAUCCUCAUAAUGUCUACAUGCCUAUGGAUCUACCACCUCCUUAUGCACCACCUGAUGAAAAGAAGAACAACUAACAGGAGCCACCCUCCCAAGUUUUUUGUCCUUGGAAGACUUUUGCUGUUGCCGCCUCCUCCCAGUUCUCUAUAUCUAGUCAUCCGGUGUCAGCAACAUGCACAAUGUUGUGGGACAAAACGCCUGCUGUUCUAAAACGUUUAGCGUGGCAUUAUAAAAGGGCAGUGACAGCAAUGCUUUCCUGACUGCUUGCUUUCUCUCUUGAGACUAGGAUAGGACUGCUGUGACUGUGUGAGCCCUUACCUUUGGAAAGAGAGGUGAAUCAUCCAUAAUGCGGAUUAAGCCACUUCACAUGUAGGAAUAAAACUGCAGCUCUUUGUGUGAAACAAAAUACUUUCAUAACAGGAAACAGAUACUUGCAUGUGACAUGGACGUUACGCUUUCAUGCACCUCUGCAUGCCUAUUGGCAUCAGUGUGAUAUGUUACAAUUCUCACUCCAUGCAGUUUAAUGCAUAAGAGGGAAUUCUGUAAAUACGUGGAGGUUUGUAUCUCUUUCUAGAGAAAAGUACCAGGGAGGACUUUGGGGGAAAGUCUUCGAUGUUUAGAAAAAGUGGCCUAAGGAAUGGGUGGGGGGGGAUGACAACAGAUGACCAAAGUAAAAUCAGCAGCUGUAUUUUUAAACAACUGUCACUGCAUCUCCAGCUCAUAGGUAUAAAACCAGGUUCUGAAGCAAAUAUCUUCUCUACACAUCUUGUAACCUAAGUUAUCCCUUGCAAAAGGGUGCCAGGUGAUAGAUGUAAGUGUGAAGGUGUGUGCAGCAGUUUUCUCUGCUUUUUUGUUUUGUUUUGUUUUGGCUAUUGGAUCAAUGUCUCUGAAGUUGAACCUGUUGUUUGAUGUGGGGAUACUGCAGUGGGUCUCAAGUUCCACUGAGGCCAGAUUGUCUGUCUAACCAUACCUAUUUUUACUGCAGGUAGGCAACCUGGGAAGGAUCCAUUUAUCUGAACUGGAACCAAAAGUGAGGGGUUUAUGAAACUAGUAGCCUGGAGUUAAGAAGAGCAACGUGUAGUUAAACAAAGCUUAUAGAAUCUGGUCCAGAAAGAGACCAGGCAACAGAUCACAAAUGUUCUGAGAACAGGACCCAAGCAGAAAGUUUGGUUUCUUGGUUUCUUCUGCACCAAACCUUCUUGGAGAUGGAUCAGUCCUUGCCCAAAAUUCCAUUAUAUCCACUUAUUAUAUCACACUUCCCCCCUCCCCCAUAUAAACAUCUCUAAAAAUGGGGUGCGUCUUAGAAUCGCGGGUGUGUCUUAGGGGGUGUUUUUUUCUGUUGGUGGUACUGAAAUUAGUGUGCGUCUUACAAUCGAAGAAAUACGGUAUAUUUAAUAGGAGAGUACUUUUUCUGUUACAGAACAUGGAAAUGAUUCUAGCAAUUGAUAGUCCCAAGCUAGAAUACCAAGGCCAUUUCUCCUUUUGAUCUAGGCCCUAACUUAAUUAGAAAGCACUACUUGAGGGAUAAUGGGUGGGGUGGAGAAAGUAUUGCAAUUUACCAUGUUGGAGGAGAGAUGGCUUAAAUUUGAGCAAAGUAGGCUAAAAUGGUGUUUGCCACCAAACAAUGCAGAGAGAAGUAGCAUUCCUGUAUUUUGGUUUUCUUACUGUUCUAGCGGUGACGUUUCACAUACUUAUUUUCUUAUAUUUAUUCUAAAGAGAACUCCUGCUCCUCUGAUGUAAUGGAGAAUAUAACUUAAAAUCUAAUCAUUUAAGGCAUCUUUUUCUCUCAUCUUCUGGAUGCUAGGGGUAUAUUUUACAAGAAAAGGCUCAAAACAUACACUGGUAUGUGUUCAUAGAUCCCUUUCUUUCUAUAUUCCCUGUAGUAACUGAGCAUAUUACUCAGCAGGCAUAGAAGGAACUUUUCUAUUAAUCCCUUUUAAUCUGAAUCCAUGAGGCUUCAAACCUUCCAUAAUUUAAUAUUUAGCUACGUUUGUAAUAUUUUUGAACUGCACUUUAAUACAGAAACAUUGAAAUUUU